AUGAGAGCACUCAACCCGCGAAGCCUACAGCUACCAACAAUCUUCCGUCUCUUCCCUCCUUCCUUCCUUUGUCUUUUCCUUCUGUUACUCGUUGUUCGAGCUGGGGAAGCUCGCAGUGUGCACCACGAUGAAGAGGACCAGGGUCAAACCGGGACGAAGGUUUCGUCGAUCGAAAGCAAAGGCGGCGCGCAGCUAACUCCGGAGAAGACGGAAGCGAUUAGUGUACCGGAACAAGUACGAGGAAAGGUGGUACCCUCUGGGAGCCAUGGAAUCGAAGGAGGGCAGAAUUCAGGGUCGGAAGUUGGACACGGAUUGGACGUCCGCGAUCUCGAGAAAGGAGAAGCGAAGGAGAUCGACGAGGUUCGCGCGGAAGGAAGUCAGGUAUUGAACGAAGACGAAGAGGCUAGCGUGGCGAAGAAACGGAGACGAAACGAUGUGGCGCUGACCGGUAAGCCCGAGUUUCGCGAAGGCGAAGGCAAUCCCGUCGACGAGAUUAGGGACGAAGGGAUCAGACGGUUCGAUGUUCGAGUGGACGCUGACGGUGUUGCUUCUUCCCCUUCGAAGGAAGAACCAAAGCCCUCCGAGAGUCGUGUUCGCAUUCAAGAGGUGAAAGACGAAAUUCCUAGCUCUUUUCGAAAAUCAAUCAAGCUAAACGAGGAGAAUAUCAUUAAGAAUAAAAAAGAAAUUGGCUCGAGCGGACGUUCGAAUAUCGAAGAGAACGAGGAAUCGCUGGAGAACAGGGGAUACAGAUCGUUGAGCGAAUCCCAGGGUAAAUCCAGACACAAAAGUUCAACCGUUUAUCUGAGCGCCGAAGAGAAGAAGAUAUCGGACGGACAACAGCAGUCGAUCGUCGAGGGACAGAUAAAAAAGUUGAUAUCGAUUCGCGACGAUGUUUUGGAUGCUCAGAAAACGGAGAAGACGGAGAGCUCGAAGAUCGCCGGUUCGAAACGGGAGAUCGGAAUGGACGAGGUUGCCUUCAUGGAGCAGGAGGUUGAAGGGGAACACGGAGGCAAGGGUAACGGGCAAAAGUCCGGUAGGGCCCAAGAUCUUCACCGGGUCAGAUUGAUCACUCCGGACGCCGUGGUGUACAAUAUCCUUCAGGAUGCUCUGGAAUCGUAUCCCAGCGACCAGACGCUGGUAUCCUACAUCGAUCCCAAGAACGAGACGCUGAAGAAAUUGUUGACCUCUAAUCAGCUGAGCAUCCUUCAGAUGGCCGAGAAAUUCUUGCCGGAAACGUUGCGAAGAGAGUACUCGGACAGAAUGUUCUCCUGCGUCAGAAGAUUCGAAUAUUUCAGCUGCGUUAAAUACUUUGCUUGGCCUCUCAUCAAACAAUAUUUCCCAGCGCUGCCUGCUUUCCCGGAUUACCAAAGUUGGUACCCGAUCAUCGAUCUGACACCGCAAUAUCCGAUCUUGCCGUUCCCCGGCUUCUCGGAGGACGUCGGAGAGCUACCAGAGGUGGUGGACGCCGAUGCCACCAGGACGAGGCGACCCAGACCGGAAGCGAUAAUCAUUCAGGUCCUUCAGAACACUUUGAAAGAACAACCGCGUAUAUCGAGCUCGCCAUCUUUCUUGGAUCAGUCGACGGAUUACGUUCCUCUCUUACCUCAGGAUCAACUCUUGACCAUCAACAUGGCCGAGCAAUUGAUUCCGAUCUCUUAUCGACCGGAGUUUGUUCAAAAGACCGUCAGAUGCAUGAAGGAGUACAACUAUCUGACUUGUAUCAAAUACUCGGCCUGGCCUACCGUCAGACAAUUUAUACCCACCUUGCCGGAUAUUUCCAGUCUGUUGCCCGAUUUUCACGUUCCAGCAUUGUCGGAUAUCGGCAGCUACGUGCCGGAAAUUCCAACUUAUCCAGAUUUGAGCUUCUACUGGCCCAUUAGCGGCGCUUCCGUUGAAAACCCCACCAACGCGCCAACUUAUUACACCUUGAAGAAUCGAGAAGGUGCACCGCAGUCUUCUGACGAAUUAGAGAUCUUGAUCCUGGAUAUCCUGCUGAAUCUACGGAUCUCCAUCGAUAAAUCUUCGGAAAGUUCGCCGAUUAUCUUAACGGGAAACACGAUAACGUUCACGACGUUCACCAAGAGACAGAUCGAUAUUUUGCGUUUAGCCGAGUGUCUUGUACCGCCUUCCGCUCGUGCAACGUUGAUCACGGAUGUUCUUACUUAUCUCCAGAAGAACAACAACUUUAUAGAUUGCGCCAGGUACGUAAUUUGGCCGACGAUCGGCAGGUACCUGCAGAAUUUACCCGAAUUUCCGAGUUUGGAGAACGCGAGGAACCCGAUUAGUUCGACGAACGCUCAGAAUUUAUUGGAAAUCAGGGAAACGGUGACGAACACCGGCGAAUUGGUGCAGGAACGGGUCAUCCCGGAGACAGAGGAGAAGAAAAUUGCUAUCCCUUUCCAGGACAAGGAAUCACGAAACAGGGUAACGAACGUUCCAGUGAUCAGUGUGUCUGGGACAAGAUUCGUUCCCAUAUUCACGGAACAGCCAGAGACGGUGAUAUGUAACAUUCUUCGAUCCGUUCAGAUCCAGUCGUUCAAAACUAACGCGAGACCUCCGUCGACCAUCAAGAAUCAACAAUUUCUCGAUUUGCUUAACGACCAGCAAGGAAACAUCGUGAGCAUCGUGGACACUCUGCUUCCCGAGAACGUUCGACCGGACUUUGCCAACAAGAUGAUCGAAUGUCUUCGAGUGAACAACUUCCUGCUAUGCACCCGAGACAUUAUCUGGCCAACUUUGACGCAAUACUUCCCUUGGCUGCCCAGUUUCCCGAACUUUGGGAUAGGCAGCGUUGUUAUCGACAACUCGACCAUUUCGAUCCCUGGCCAAAACAUAACAGAACCCGGUGCCAGUUCGGACACUCGGCUUUCGGAGACCGACGUGAAGACUGGCCAACACGGAGACACCACGGUGACCAUAACCGAUACCAGAUUUUUCCCGAUUUACAACGAGCUGCCGGAAACGAUUAUUCUGAAUAUUUUGAAGGCUGUGCAAUUGUCGUUGCCGAACUUGCCAGGCUCUCCAGUUGCGGCGAGGAUCGGGGAACUGUCUCGGUAUCUGACCGAACAGCAGAUCAACAUCGUGCAAAUCGCGGAAAAUUUAUUACCGAUCCCAUCGCGAGCGAACUUCAUCGAAAACAUCGUGCCAUGCUUCAGAGACAGAAAUUUCUUGACGUGUACCAGGGACAUCAUUUGGCCAACGCUCGCGCAAUCUUAUCCCUGGAUGCCUAGCUUCCCAAAUUUCGGAAGCUUGUCUCAGCUGCCCGCCACCGGUUCCGGUUCCAUCAGGUUCCAAGUGUUCCUGGCAGAAAAUCCAUCAGCUAGCCUGGAAGCUCAGACUUCGAGGAACAACGUGAAUCAAAAGGCUACGGAAUUAGCGUUCGAGGAUGUCGAACAAAAGAUAGAGAACAUUCUGUUGGAUGCUCUGAAAAAAUCGAACGCACAGCUCGAGAAAAGUUACUUGAACAACAGUGACACUGCUGCUUCUCACCUGAACAAACGGCAGAUAGAUAUAAUUAAUCUAGCCGGGAGGAUAAUACCGGCUUCGAAUCGUGCACCGUACGUCGCUAGAAUGUUGGACUGCACGAAGCGUUACAAUUACUUGGCUUGUACGAACAACGUUACGUGGCCGAUCUUGAAGCAAUUUAUACCAUCCUUGCCGGACUUAGUCAGUCUUAGCGAGCUGUUGAUUCAGUUCCCCAGCAUCGUUCAGAUUCCUGAGUAUAUCGGUAUUCCAGCUGCUGAUUCUCUGGCUAAUUAUUUUCUAGGCACCUCUCAAAUUCCGACCGGAAUUUCUCAACUGCCAACCGUCAUCCCUCAGUCACCCGCUAAUCCAGGCUCGGGGGGAUCCGAAUCGAACCAGAACUCUUCGGCUUCGGUGAUUCCCUCUCGUUCAGGAACAGAAGAAACUCAAGCGACUAAAACAUCAUCGAUCACGCCGUCAGUAGGUAACGAAGGAGUCAUCCCCGAGUACGCAGGGCAACCGACAGGAAUCCUCUUAGACAUUUCGAACGAGAAAGUUAAUUUACCCGGUAACGCUUCGCAAUUAGGAACAACAGAUUCGUCGAAAGUUAAAAGCAGGAAACGUAGAAGUAGCUCAGAAAUUUUCAACACUUAUUACGAGACCGAAAACGCAUCAGAUAGUUCUACGUCCACGCCUAACACGUUUCCAAACAUCACGGAAUCCGAAUACCUUCAGCUUCUCAUUCGAAUUAGAGAAAAUAGAGAAAACGCGAAACAGACUGGCACGGGUUUUCAAAAAUCGAAACAGUACCUCGUGGACGGUUUAAAUUCUACGAUCAGGAACUCGUUGACCGCUGAUCAAUACGAAAUUCUGAAGAUAGUCGAGGAUCUGGAUGAUAGAGGAUCAAGCAAAGGAAUCGGCUCGCAAGUGAUACAAUGUCUUUUGAGUCUCAGCUUCAUCAGAUGCGUGGGUAUAUUCGUUUGGCCUUUGAUCGUCAGCAAUUUACCUUCCUUGCUUCCCAGCCUCCCGAGUUUCGGUAUCUUUGGACGUUCGAUAGAGACGGAAAAUCAGGUGCAGCAAUUUUUCGACAUGUCCACCGAGGACUUCGAGAAGGAGCUGUUGAAGAGAAAGAAUUCUAUCGAACAGCUUCUGCUCGAUUGGUACAGGAAACUAGCCGAGGACGAGUAUCAGGUGAACGUGGGUUUCCUGAAGAUCAAAGGCUAUGGAAACAACGAGGUCGGGAUUAGCGUGACAGGUUUCAGAGAAGGUAGAGCUGCAAAGAUCAAAGACAACAAAAAUUUGCCUAGUAUAUUGACCAUCAUCAGCGAUAUCAUGGAGGAGGUUUUGGAUCAACGUCCCGAAGGCGAGAAACCGAAAAAGGAGAAAGAUAAGAAAGAAAGAAGCAUAGACGAUCUCGAGCAUAGAGACAUUGAUAUUCAAUUCCUGAAGGACAGCGAGGAAUACCUGGACAUUAAAAGAUCCAUGAACGACGACGAGAUCAUCGCCAUGUUUCUGAAUAAAAUCAAAUCGAGCGAUCCCGGGGUAGACGACGAUAACGUGAAGUACUUCGAUCUCGAGGACGCGUACAACGCUUUUGGAGUGCUUUUCGGUACGAAAUUACACGAAAAGCUUACGCGCAACGCAGACUCGCAGCUCGGGUCUUUGGACGAGAACGUAGAAUCGCGAAAGGAAGUGGAUAUCGUGUCUUUGGAGUCUCAAAAGGACUUCGUGUUGCCUCUGAGCCAAGUAACCUAUGACUUUGAAAAAGAGUCCCCCGGGGACCAAGAAGAAAAGCAACGACAGAAACGAGCCAAGAAUCUUUUUAAAUCUUUCCUGGAAAAACACUCGGACAAUUAUCUGAGAGACUCUGACGCGGAAAAGGUGGAAGAUGUCGAUGAGAAUAAAAUCAUCGUGGAAGAGCCAGAAGAAAAGAGUAGAAGAUCAGGGUUGAUUAUCCGAUUGCCACAAUUGGACGAUCAGAUUAUAUCGAAGAAGAUGACGAACUCCAUGACGGAGCUGGCUAGGGGGAUGAAAAUGAAGAUGGGCCAGAUGUUACCAGGGUUCGGGAUGGUUUUAUCAUUUCUCAUACAAAUAGGUCUGGCUCAUGCACGCGCGGCUGCCUCGAUGGCUGGCAUGAUCAGUAACAUGGCGUUGGGUUCGGCUAUCAUUGGAAUGAUACGAGACUCGUUUUUCGGCGGCAACAGUCAUCCACAAAUCAAAUACGUUUACGAUAACCACAAGACUGGACCGGGUAUCACUUGGCCCUCUCAAUACGGACAUCGUCAUGGGUACUAGAACGAUUUUUAGAGUAGAGUUUUAUAGUGAUUAGAGUAGGGAAAGCAUAGGCUGAGGCGGAUAUCGAAUGUUUGGAAAUUUCAAGGCGUUUAAUUGCAUACGAUUUCGAAUAUCACCGAGGGUUCUAGGGUAACAGAUAGCGAUUAUUCUCUCGUAGGAUUAUAGAUAACGGCACGGCAUUUGAUUUACUAUGCGUUUAGACGUAACUUCUAGGUUUCGUCGUGUUUCCAUUAAAGGCUGAAUAACAAUGAACGUUGUAUUGGGCUAGCUUUAAUUUUCUUCCGUACGCGGCUGAUGACAGUCGUUUAACUUUCUCAGUCUUCCUCAAUGUAAUCGUCUAACUUUAAUAGAUAUUCUCGUAGCACGGACUUCGAAGACUCGGUUUUUAGGUAAGAAAGUAUAACGCUCUGACAUUCCUUUAUUUCGAUUAAGUCUCUUAACGUAAAUCUCGCAAUAAAUCGACUCUCGUCUAUUUCACCCCACGGGG